AUGGCUUCUAUCUGUGUUGGCUAUCUAUCACUACCAGGGUUUGAUAUAUUCCUGCCAGACGAGUCCGUUGCAGACCUCAUAAGCACUGGAUGCUACGCAGUUCUUGACUACGCAGUCUGCUUCUGGUCUUCCCGUCUUCAGGAAUGCCUCAAGCACGCCAUAGAUCAGAAGGAUGGUAUGAUAUUAAUUGAGAAAUUCCUGAACGAUUUCGUCUCUACGCAGAAUCAGAUCGGCUGUUACACCCAGAACGCCGCCACUAAUGAAUGUCUCGAUAUACCCGACGUUAUUUCGCGCAUCAGAGACAAUAUAGAGAGAGCUGUUUCAGAGAACGUGGGCAGCUUCGAGACUCCCCAGCAAAGAGAAUCUCAUAUGAACAAGCACGACAGGCCUUUUGGAUGCUCCUUUCCUCAAUGUUACAGAGCUACUAUUCGGAGUUUUUCGCAAGGUGUGGAAGAUACUGCAAGCGAACCUCAGCCGACAGCUCUAUCUCAGCAAAGCUCCCAUCUGAUUCGAACUAAUCAGGUCGAGAAGCUGACUCACAACGAUGAGCAGAGAAACAGUAUACGCAGCUCGUGCGUAACCUCUGGGAGAUGCAAAUGCCCAGGUACGAACCUCAGGAAGAGUUGCAGGCGAAGGACCAAGCAAGCCACUUCAGCAAGCCGAAAUACUUCAAUCGGCUGCCGUCCCCGAGCUCGGAAUUGGAUGUACCAGUUCAGCUUCUACCCUCUUUUGAAAGUGAAUCUGGCCAUAUCAAGACCCGGAUUUCUGAAGAAAUUGAAGGAGCAGCAUCAAACGUUCAAGGGACAGUCAACAAGGGAAAUAAUCUGGGAGAAGUCAGGGCUAUGCCUUCAGCAUGUCUCACUUUACCGCGACAUUGAUGCCUAA